AUGAAUGCGCCCACACCUACUACCUCAUCUAAUACUACAACCACUACUGCAAAUAAUAAUGUCACCCCUACAAUAGCAACUGCCCCUCAAGUGCCAUCAUCAACAAAUUUAAAUUAUUAUGAUCCAAGACAUUCAUCCAACUACUAUAAUCCGGCUUCAAAUGCAACCCCUGUGCAGCAAUCGCUUUAUAUGAAUCCCACUAGUUUGCAAAACAAUCAUCCCAAUGACAUGCAUUCGGUCUCUUCCGUAAAUGCUGCUGCUGCUGCUGCCGCUGCCGCUGCCGCUGCUGGAUUGGGGCCAAGUAAUUCAUUACCUCCUUUAUCGCAUUUAUUGCCUACCAACACUGGUAACAAUAGCAGUAGCAAUGCCACUGUUGCUCCUACUGUUGCUGAUCAUGCCAAGAACAGUGAACUGAUGAACAGCACUGCAAACAACGAAGAGAUGGGAUACUUUAGUCCAUCUAAUAAGCAACAAAACGGUGCCAAUUUUGUUCAACCACAUCACUAUUCUACAUCGGCACCAGUAAUAUCACAUCCCCAUCAUGUUUCUUACCGAAAAUCUAUUGAUUAUCAAAGAGCAAGCAUGUAUCCCUCUUCUGCUACCAGUUCUGCUGACAUGUCUCGAAGAAAUUUCAACCAACCGCCAUCAAACCAACCUUCAAAUGGAUAUUACAUGAUGCCAACGCACAAUAUCAGUUCUCAUUACGGACACCAUCCAGCAGCACCUAAUGCUAUAGUGCCCUCAACUGACUUAUCCGCAUAUCCACCUCAUCCGCCUCCAUCUCAUCAUCACGGUAUGUAUCCCUCUGCUGGUAGAUAUCAUGGUCAACUAUAUCAUUUACCAUCUCCUCCUACGUCAGUGAUCGACGGUGUCCUUAUUGCUGACCCAAACCACCAUCAACAUGUUAUCAAUGGUGGUAUUACAAAUAAUAGCCAAAAAGUAUUCUCCUUUGUACCUCUUCCUGGUCUCAACCAAAAGAAAAGACCCAGAAGGAAGUUUCAUGAAGUUGAAAGAUUGUAUCAAUGUAAUUUCCAAGAUUGCACAAAGUCUUAUGGUACUUUAAAUCAUUUAAACGCUCACGUCUCUAUGCAAAGACAUGGCCCAAAAAGACAGCCAUCAGAAUUCAAAGAACUUCGCAAAAUGUGGAGAAAGCAAAAGAGAGACAACAAGCAGCGUACAAACUCAAGAUCUACAACCCAAUCGUUAGAAGACAAUGAACAACAAGGCUUUGAAGAUGAAGAGCAACCGCAACAACAUCACCAAGACAAUAUCAACGCUUCAAUGCAACACGUAGAUAACAGCAUCUUGAGCCAUUCCAUGCCUAUGCUUUCCUCAUCAGCACCUUCGUCAUCAACAAGACAUCAUCAAAUGAUGCACCACGAAUAUAAUCCUUCUAUGCCACCUUAUAUGCAACAUGCUCCACCUCCUCAUCCUUCAUUAAUGUCACAUCCACCACAUCCACCACCUCCACCUCCAUCAGCACAUUGGAUGAACCGUUCUCAUCCAUACCAUCAUGCGGCUGAAUUCAUGCCACCUGGAUAUUAG